AAGUUAGUGUACCUCAAACUUUCAUGAAGAGCCAUUCAAGACUUUGUUUUAAAAUCACAAGAAAUGAGCAUGUUGUUUAGGACUACAUGGCGUAAUGGUCUAUUUCUGCCUUCGUUACUAGCCACAGUUACCUCACCAACCAAGCUAGUCUGAUCACACAGACGCUGACCAGAGCAUGGACAGCAGCACGCCGGUGGCUGAGAACCCUCAAGCAGAGUAUGGGUUGACUGAGAACAUUCAGAGGAUAGUGGAGAACGAGAAGGCGCACCACGAGAAGAUGGCCAAGCAGAAGCUGGACCUGCAGACCCUACAGACGCUGCCCACGCGGGCCUACCUGGACCAGACCGUGGUGCCCAUACUGCUGCAGGGGCUGUCUGUGCUCGCCAAGGAAAGACCCGCACAGCCUAUCGAGUUUCUCGCCGCCUUUCUCCUGAAGAACAAGUCACAAUUUGAAGAUCGGAAUUAACCACAUGCACUGCAAUUUGGAUUAUGAGGCCUGUAAUAAAACUAAAGAAGACUGAUCAGUAAUUUUUGUUUGGUUGGUUGGUUGUUUUUUAAUUGAUGGAAGAAAAGUUUUUUUUUGUUUGUUUUUUUUUCCCCGGUUCUUUCCCGGCCUGUACGUAGUUUUUAUUUUAUUUCAUUGAAUUUAAAUAAAAUCCUGUUUUUUGAGAAUUAA